CCUCAACUGUCACCUGUCAAUAUUUUAUUGUUAUACAAAAAUUAAAAGUAAACACCUUUUUUUUAAAUGUUUUAAUAAACAGAUAAAUUAACAAAAGUUAACAUAGGGUGUAAAAAAAUUCAGUAAAAUGCCCAGUUCCCUGCUUUUCGGCAUCAACAAUGAAGGUAGGGUACACACUUUAUCAACCAUGGGUUCUAUGUGGAGAGAAAUGCCCUACAAUGGUCAAGAAUUCAAGAAAUUAUCCGGUGUGCCCCAUUUUCUUUGGGGCCUAGGGGGCGACCACCAAAUUUACGUUUACGUGCAUGGUUUAGAUAUACCCAUAAGGAUCAGGGAGGAAUCUUAUGAGAAUGAGAGAUGGCUUCCUAUAGAAGGCUUUAGCUCAAGAAUGCUUCCGACUGACAGGUUCCAUUUUUCAAACAUUGACGGCACGUUGGAUAGGUCCAUUGAUAAAAUUCGCCUUCCUUCUAUGGCCUGGCAAUGGGAAGGUGACUGGCAAUUAGAACUGACUUUAGAAGGUAAACCUCUGGACCACAAUGGUUGGACUUAUGCAGUAGAUUUCCCAGCAAAUUUUCAUUCGCAAAAACAAUGGAAAAGCUGUGUUAGAAGGAGAUUAUGGGUUAGAACAGCAAAAUAUUGUGCCAUGAAUUCGUGGUGCGCCAUAGCACCUUUACAUAAGGAUGCCACAAAAGAACCUUUUAUAGAUGUCUCUAUUGGAGGUCAAUCUGUAGCUGGAUCAGAGCCUGGCACUAUGCUCGUAUGGGCUGUGACUUCACAUAAUAGAGUAAUGUUUAGGACAAAUGUAAGUACAAAAUCUCCAGAAGGUGCUCGUUGGAACCACAUACAAGUACCACCUGGUUGUGAGGUUAGCCAAUUAAGUGUGGGCCCAACUGGUCUUGUUUGGGCCGCUUUACUAGACGGUAGAGCUUUGGUAAGAUUAGGAGUUACUAGAGAUAAUUUACAAGGAGUCUCUUGGCUGGAAGUCAGAAGCCCUGGAGAUAAUUUACGUAUUAUACAACUUUCAGUGGGCAGUUAUAGCGUUUGGGCUGUGACUCAGGAUAAACAAAUUUGGUUUAGGAAAGGUAUUAAAGCUGAAGGUGCGGGCGUCAGUGAAGAACUAGCAGCAGGUUCUGGCUGGAUAGAAAUGGUGGGCAGAAUGCUGCAAGUAUCAGUUACGUCAACAGAUCAAGUUUUUGCAGUAGGAGCCGACGACAGGCUGAUUUAUCACAGAACUGGAAUAUGUCAAGAAGACUUGACUGGGAAACGGUGGAGGGCCCUUAGGGCUCCUUUGCAAGUCAGUAGGGCCAGUAGUAAUGCUAGUAUUGGCCGCGAUAAGUUUCACCGUAGCUUGAAUCAUCUUGGGAGUCGUCCUAGUAGUAUGAUCGAACAAUCCAACCUUUCUGAAUUCGAUGAACAAUCGCGCUCAGCCCCAUUGGCGCCCACUUCUCUUCCGGUGGGAGACUGUAAAUACGAAAUUCAACCUAAAAACCCUAAAGCCUGGAGCCCCGUUCACUCUGUAGGCUCGAUUGUGGGUACCGAAGUACACCCUGAAACUGAUGAAAGCGUUUGGAGCGAAUCCAGUAGAGACUCUUGCAUAUUUGCCGAAGACGAAGAAAUGGGUUGGGCAGAGUAUGAUGCUCCAUGGUCGUGGGUUGAAGCUGGGACGUGUCUGUUGGAACCAAGUCAGCUUCCAAAUUGGUUUUCUGAUUCGAACUGUGGCGCAAUGCAAGAGGAAUUUGAGCAACCUUGGCGCAAUAGGAUUUUGGAGGAUCUUAAAGGUAGAUUACCAAAUCAGGAUAAAUUUACGUUAUACGAACCUGCCAUUGAUACGACUUCUUGGAUACACAAGGGUGAAGCCAGAGUUAAUUUGGGAACUUCUACUUUUGUCGAUUGUAUUUUACAGUUGGAAUGGAUUCAGACCACUGGAACUUUGACUAUAUUGAAUCCUGAUGGCGCUACAACCAUGCAUUCCUUUACCCUGAGUGAUAUAACCUGUGUUCAAUUAAGUAGUGAGCCAGGAAGUCCGAGAUUGUCUAUACACACACCUAGAAAUUAUCCUCCUGUUGUUAAUUUGCAGUUUUCCAGUGAUACUUUAUUGGAAGAAUGGCAAACGCAUUUCGCAACUACUUGCAGUAAAUUGCGAGAUUUACAAGGUAAGCCUAGUGACGAAAGCAUUUGGGCUGUGACAACCCUAGGUGACAUUUUCGUAUGGGACCCUUCUCAGCUAGAAAGCAACCAACUAAGAGAAGAUGAUCUUUAUUUGCAAAAAUUUGACCUGAGUGGCAAAGAAUGCCCUAUAAAGGUAGCCUUACAUGUUGGUUGUAGCCCUGGAACUACUCUGACAUUAACUGGUUGUGUUGGGGAUGAAGCUGACCGUUUAGGCAUCAACCUGGAAGCUCCAAUAACCUACAAAAGCAAACACAAAGCUUUUAGUGAGCUGGAAAACGUGUGUCUUCAUUUAAAUCCCAGAUUUUCAGAAAACGUUGUCAUAAGGAAUUCAAUGCAAGAAGGCAAAUGGGAUAAUGAAGAAAGAGAGGGCAGCAUGCCUUUUGCCAGGGGCCAGGAAUUUAAGUUGCUAAUUGAAAGCACAGAAGAUGCUUUCAAUAUUUAUGUUAAUGAUGAGAAAUUUACUAGUUUCAGACAUCGUCUUCCUCCAAGUUCCGCCUGUAUAUUAUAUCUAUGGGGUAAAAUGCAGCCGUUUAAAUUAGUAAUUAAAAGUCCUAUGAUUAUUGUCGAUCCCUUAGAGCUAUAUUGGAAACAGUUAGGCGGACAUUUGAGACGUGUGGAAACUUGUAAUGCUGGCAUUACAUGGGGAAUAGGUUAUGAUCAUACAGCCUGGGUGUACAGUGGCGGUUGGGGCGGAGGCUUUUCAGGAAAUUUAGACAGCCAAAAUAUAUAUCAAUUAACUGAUUCUCAAGAUUAUAGAGUUUACGAGAAUCAAAGAUGGAAUCCUGUUACUGGCUAUACUGCAUCAGGUUUGCCUACUGACCGACACAUGUGGAGUGACGUCACCGGUCGACAAAAGCGCCUAAAAGACCAAGUCAAACUCCUAUCCUCACGUUGGCAGUGGGUUUCAGAUUGGAUGGUAGAUUUCCACGUCCCUGGCGGUGUAGACCGAGAAGGUUGGCAGUAUGCAGUUGAUUUUCCCGCCACCUACCACGCUACCAAACAAUUCACUGAUCUAGUCAGACGAAGACGAUGGUAUAGAAGGUGUGCAGUAGCUACUACAGGUCCAUGGCAAGAGCUUGGGCAUACUAAACUACUAGAUGUCUCUUUGGAGCCUGUAAAUGAUGAUCCCGAUUGUACAAUUGCGGUUUGGGCUUUGGCUUCUGGUGGGCAAGCCAUGUUCCGUGCUGGAACAUCUAGAUCUAACCCAUUGGGUCACAUUUGGGAACACAUUACCACAGACCAACCUUUGAGUAGCAUCAGUUGUGGUCCAUUCAAUCAGGUGUGGGCUACUGGGAGGAAGGGUUGUGCUUAUGUAAGGGUGGGGAUUAGGCAAGAUAAAUUAGAAGGGGAACGCUGGAUUUGUGUUGAACCUCCAGGUGCACAGCUAAAGCAAAUAUCAGUGAACUCGGUAGGGAUUUGGGCCGUGGAUGCUUUGGGCAGGAUAAAUGUUAGAAAAGAAGUGACAUCUACAUUCCCUGAAGGCACUCAUUGGCAAAAUAUAAUUGCGGAUCCACCAAUAAUUAAUUCUGCUCCACAUACAAAAGGUUUCAAACAUGUCAGCGCGUGUAAAACUGAAGUUUGGGCUGUUACAGAUGGUGGAGCUGUGAUAAGGAGAUUGGGUAUCUCACUUGAGAACCCUGCAGGAUCUGGCUGGGAUAUUGGAAUCUCUGGUAAUUGGCAGUAUAUAAGCAUUAGGGCAUUCAGAUAAAAAAAAAUUGUAUAAAUUAAGUUGUACCUACUAUUGUGAUUAGUAAGAAUAUGUAGGAGUUUUUGAGCUUCAAAUCGAAUUAUAGUAAUCGGCAGUAUUAUAAUUUUUACUCUGGAUCUGCUAGUUAUUGCUUUGAAAUUUUAAGAUCUGCUUGAAAAUAUUGUUACCAAAUUUGUUAAAGCCAAAAAUUUUUUUAUUUUGUUGUACAUAUUACAUACUUCCUAAUUUACCAAAGAAAUAAUUUGUCUUGUCCCAUGCAAUGAAGGACAACAGAAAUUGGGAGCAUCAUAUUUUCGCCAAAUAAUUUUAGGGUCAAAAGAGCCUGAAGAUCAUUGUUUUUAUAAAUUUGAAACAAGAUAAGAAUUAUUUUCAAGUUUAGUCUAUUUUUAUUUUUUUGAGAUUAGUUUACAUGUUUUUUUUUUGUUGUUAUUUCAUAUUUUAUAUUUUCUCUGUGUUGUUUGUUGUAGCUUUUUUAAAUGUUCUAGUAUUAAGAUAGAAAACUGAAACAGAAUUUGGGAAAAAAAAACACUAUUUUAACUUGAUAACUGAUAUAUUUUUCAUCUUGUAAACAUUCCAUAUAAACCCAACACAUAAACAAAUAAACUGUUAGAAAAAAAAAUUAACACCCGCUGUAGGAGUUUCCCCAGUUGCUUAUACAACAAAUUGGAUCCUCCUUUGGCGGGUGAAUUAUUGAGGUACACAAAUAAAUAAGAAAAAACAUCUAUAAAAUUGUAUUAAUUGAACAAACAGGACCAUUAAUUAUUAUGAAAAAAACAAAUAGGGACGAGGGGGUGCAGUGAUCUGUACACAACUGUGAAUCCAUAAUUAAGUCUUACAUAUUUAAUAUUAAAUCGUAAAUCUUGUACUAAAGUUAUUGUUAAUUUACUGGUAUACGUAUUGAGGCUUGUUAAAGACUAGUCUGUAAGUUUGCGUAAAAUUGUUGCGCUCCUCACGGAUACACACCAUCAGUUCUGAAAUAAAGAAAAAUCAAAAUUAGUUAUUUAUAAUCUGUUGUGUUGUGAAUAAAAUGUAUGAG